GUGGGGGGGGGGGGGCUGUGCCUCCUCCUGCUGCUCAUGGCCCUGUAGCCCCCUCCCACCUUAAGGAGUGGCCAGUGGGAUGGGGUCCUAGGCCAAUGACACAGGCUCACGUGGCAGGAAGGGCCCUUGAAGACUGGUGGAGCCCUGGACUGGUGUCCUUUGCUGGCCACAGGACUUCUUGAAGGCAGGUCCUCUCCACACAUACACACACAUAGAGCAGCCACAGGAGGGUCCCCGGGGUAGAAGGGGUGUUCCCCCAGAUCGCCCCUCCCUGGAAGAAUGCCCAGGCUUCACCACGGUCUCAGGAAGGCUCCCACAGCAGGAUGCAGUAUUUAUACAAAUACCUGGAAAUUUCCCCCAUGGGAAGGUGUCACUAAAAGAAAUGUUCUUUAUUUUCACCGUUGAAAUAAAAGGAAAAAAGCCCAAACAGGUCAAAAUAGUCUCGAUGACAUUUAGAAUUUAGGGGCAUUCCAUUCUGCCUGAGUUUUGACAAAAGUCAGACCUCCACGUGCAAGGGCCCCCUCAGCCAUUUUUCUCCGGGUGGCCUAGAAGUUACCCAGGCGGGCUGCUUGGAGGGGCAUGGGUCCGACAGAACCUCAUCCGGCUGGGAUCCCGCCCUUAUGUACAUGUUUGAUGUUCUGUGCAUGGUGAAGUUUUUGCAUUGAUUUUGAAGUUUUUAAAGUACUGCCCUAGAAUGUGACUUAUCUUGGUCACUGAGUUUUUUGGCACUAAACCCCUUAAAUCUGCGGCCUGCCAGAAUGUCUUCACCUCCGCUUCACCUUCCGCUUCCCUGCCCUUGCCCAGGCAGGAGCUGAAAUUGCUUUGCUCCUGCCUGGGUCCCCAGGGCCUCCAGCGUGCCUGGCACAUUAAUACUGUCGCUUCUUGAGUCAACGGGAUGCUUGGGGCAGGAGCAUGGAGUGCGGGGUGCGCAAGGAGUGGGGAUCGGGGCGCAGAAGCGACAGUGGGGGAGGGGAGCAGAGAUGGAGGGCUGGGGCGGUUCGGGGAGGGGGCGACUGCGAAGCCGCGUGGAGGCACUGGGUGAGGAGGGACUGGGCGGAGGGCAGGCCGGGAUCCCGGGAGGCUGUGGAGGGCGGGGGCGCGGGGCGGGCCAGGCGGCUCGGCCUCCUGGAGGCCGGAGCUGCUGCAGACCCCGGGCUUCUGGGUUGCGGGUGUCUGUGAGUGUCCCUCCUUCCCCCAGUGCACACGCCCCUGCCCCAGCGAGAGGCGGAGGCCGAGGCCGGCUGGAAGAGCAGGUGGAGCCCAGGUCCCCGCGCGGCACUGCUGCCCCGCCCCCCACGGGGAUCUUCCGGCCGCAGGUGUCCGCCCCCGCAGGGGUCUGUCCCGCGCAGGUGUCCCUCCUGUGCAAGCGUCCGUCCGGGGCAGGGGGCCGCCCCACGUGGCAGUUUGUGCGCGCGCUCCCCGCAGGUGCCCCUCACCCCAACUCGGCCAUGGUGGACGUCCUGGGCGGCCGGCGCCUGCUGACCCGCGACGGCGCGUGGGUGGAGGCCGAGGCCGCGCUGCAGAACAAGGUGGUGGCUCUGUACUUCGCCGCGGGCCGGUGCGCGUCCAGCCGCGACUUCGCGCCGCUGCUCCGCCGCUUCUACGCCAAGCUGGUGGCGGAGGCGCGGCCCCCCGCGCCCUUGGAGGUGGUGUUCGUGUCCGCGGACCGCAGCGAGCAGGAGAUGCUGGACUUCAUGCGCGAGCAGCACGGCGCCUGGCUGGCGCUGCCCUUCUACGACCCCCUCCGGCAUGAGCUGAGGACCAGGUACCACAUCUCAGUCACCCCCAGGCUGGUGGUUGUGAAACCGAGCGGGGAGGUCAUCACCGACAAAGGGCGGAAGCAGGUCCGAGAACAGGGGCUGGCCUGCUUCCAGAACUGGGUAGCAGCCGCCAACAUCUUUCAGAAUUUCUCCGGAUGACAUGGGGGUCUCCAGGCCUGGGCAGGUGUGCAAGCACGGGAGAAGGGGAGCUGGCUGGCUUCCAGUCUCUGCCUACCAUGGAGGAACUCAUGUCAGAGCAGGGGUGCGAACACCGCCCAGAAAGAGUGCCCUCUGGCAGCCCGUGAGGAGUUCCUGUGAUUAUUAGCAUAGCUUUCUCAGCGGGUGCUGGAGCUUGAACUGGCUCAUGUGGAGCUCCUGGAAACAUGUAUUUAUACAGGCUCUUCAGGUGAGAUGAUACAUUUAUUGAUACAUUGUACAUUUAUUGAUACAUCGUCUGGAGCUCUGUUUAUGUUGGUGACUUGCUCUCACUCCUCCGUUUAUUGCGGAGGUUUGCAGAAGCCACAUGCUUUAAUAAAGAAACUUAUUGCCACUGGAGCCCUGAUCUUCUUCCUUGCGGCAAACCAAGUACGCUUGCAAGGAGGGAGGAGUGCUGUGGGAAACCGUUCUCAAACGCUUGGUUCUGUGUUUCCAAGUCCCUGAGCUUUUCCAGGCUGUGUCUGCAUCUUCAAGAUCCGAUGUGCGUCUCUGAGGGGCUGCUGGUGGAUCCGGGAAGCAGAGGCCCACGCGCUAUCUUUGCAAAGAAGAGGAGGAGGUGGUCUGUCUGGGGUUCCUCGCCAGCUCCUGCCUCCCCUUGUGCUCAUGCAGCUGGGAUCCAGAAAUACCGGGUCCUCC